AUGCGAAGCGUCCAAGACAUUUACGAACGUCAACCCUCUUGCCGAUUUCCAGCUCCCCGCCAAACGGCCAUCGACGCUCCACUCGAGCGCAGGGGUAUCGUUCUGGAGGACAAGGCACUUGUCAGGACUGUGUCGCCGGUGAUGGUCUACCUCUUGACAGGUUUUCCGACCUACGAAUCCUUUAAGGCCUCCCCAUUCGAGCCCUUCGAUCAUCCGCUCCACACCCAAGCCACAACACAUCAGAUCCUGAUCACCGGAAUACAACAGAAUCCUGACCGAGCCACCAACAAGUUCGUGAGUACAAGCAAUUUCUGCCCCCAACCCAAGGCUCGCCGGAACUUACGGGAUCUCCUCAUCCAACAAUUUGGGCAACAAAGCGACUGA